GUUUAGCGGGGGUGAAGAAGGGCUUGAUCCAUGCAUCCAUGCAAAAUGCAUCCAUAUCCAUUGAACAUGCAUCAAUUGAAAGACCCGCUUCUCCCGUCUCAAAGCUGGUGCUACGCACCAGCAAAAUCUUGGUUAGCGAUUGACAUUCCCUCGAACGAGUUAACGGUAAGGCAAAUAGGUUGAACCUCAGACUGGGAACUUACCAUGACUCUUUUUAACAUGUUGGCGGGAGUCAAAUAUCUGGGACAUCAGGAGAAGGUACUCACCUUUGACCUGUACCACUUCACCUCUAAACCCCUCGGUACGACGGAAGAACAACAGCCGAGCGCCGGAUUUAACGCGAGGACAAAAACGUCAUAGGAAGCAGGACAUGGCAACAGCAGUACAUGAGUCUCACACCAAAGUGCAGCAGAACUGCUACGCUGGCUCUCUCAUCGAGGUUCCUCAGCUUGACUGCGACAGCAAAACAAGCAGUGCUGAAGACCGGAUCGCAGAACAAGAUGUCAACUUGAAGAAAUCUGGUGAGAAACACUUCACGUGUGAGGAGUGUGGCGGCAGUACAGCUCGAAAUAAUAACUUUUCUGUACACAUGAGAACCCAUACAGGUGAGAAACCUUACAGGUGCGACCGGUGUGACUAUUCUGCUGCACGGAAACCCCCAUUAGAAGAGCAUAAAGGAAAACACAGUGUUGAGAAACCCUACAAGUGUGGGGAAUGCAGCUACAAAACAGCUCAAAAACACCACUUAUCCAGGCAUAUGAAGACUCAUACAGGAGAGAAACCCUACAUGUGUGGGGAAUGUGGGUACAGGACAGCUCAGAAGGCAAAUUUAUCCCAACAUAUGAGAACGCAUACAGGUGAAAAGCCAUACAAGUGUGACCAGUGCGACUAUUCUGCAGCAUUGAAAUGCCAUCUAGACCAGCAUAUUGCAGCAAAGCACACCGGUGAGAAACCCUACAGUGUGGAGAGUGCGGGUACAGAACAGCUUACAGGUCUGCCUUAUCCACACAUAUGAGGAUCCAUACUGGGAAAAAAACCUACAAGUGUGACCAGUGUGACUAUUCAGCAACACAGAAAGUCUAUUUACUUUCUCAUCUAGCAAAACACAGUGAUGAGAAAACCUACAUGUGUGGGGAGUGUGACUAUUCUACAAAUCUGAAGUCUAGUUUGAACAAACAUAUAUCAAAACACAACGGUGGAAAAUCAUAUACGUGCGAAGAGUGUGGGUACAGAACAUCUGUCAGGACUAACCUAUCCCAACACAUAAGAACUCAUACCGGUGAAAAGCCCUACAAAUGCGACCAUUGUGACUAUUCUGCUGCACAGCAAGCUCACUUGGAUACACAUGUGGUAAAGACACACUGGUGAGAAACCUUACAUGUGUGGGGAGUGUGGGUACAGAACAACAACAAAGUCUAGCUUAUGCCAACAUA